UUCAAACUUUAGUUCCUACAGGAAGCGUACGAUCCAAUCUUCUGAUUAAAUAACAAUUUAUUUAGCUCCGAAAGUUGUAUAAGUGCUUGGACCUAAUUUUAAUCUCGCUAUUUGAAUCAGUUUUAAAUAAAUUCAUUUUGUUCCCUUGUUUUUGUGCCACUUUGGAUCGCGAAAAACAGGUUUUAUUUAUUUUGUGGCGGUAUUAUGAAAACGAUGUGGCUUUCUUAAUCUAACUUAAUUAUAUCAAGUGUAGAAAUAUUAGCUAUGAUUACUCACUAACCUUUCCUAAUCGGAGUAAGAAUCACCCUCAUCGUUGGCACAAGGAUAUGUUGCACUGCUUUUGUUGGUCCAGCCAUUAAAUAAAGUUGAUAUGAGUCAAGAUUUUCUCCCAGGGAUGGAGAGCUCGGCUAUUUCUGUCCUGAAGAGGGCUGUGGAGCUUGAUCAAAACUCCCGCUUUCAAGAAUCACUGGUGUGCUACCAGGAGGGGAUCCAGCUACUGAUUGAUGUACUGAAAGCUGUUAAAGAUGACUCAAAGAAGGUUCACUACAGAGAGAAGAUCAAGGGAUACAUGGACCGAGCAGAACAGAUUAAAGAUCACGUGAACAAGUUGAAAGAUGAUGGCAAAUAUCACGAGCAGGUUAAGAUACCUGACAAUUCCACUGGUUUUAGUUAUGAAUCCCUCUUUAAACCAUACAUCAGAGAUGGGCUGACAGAAGUCUGGGUGGAAGACCCUUAUGUACGGCAUAUCCAUCAGUUGUAUAAUUUUCUUCGCUUCUGUGAAAUGCUGCUGAAAGGCCCUUGUAAAGUAAAGACUAUUCACCUCCUCACCUCACAGGAUGAGGACAGCUCCUUUCAGCAAGUCAGUGCCCUGGAAGAGAUAAAGCAGUCACUACAGAGUCAAAAUAUUUGUUUGGACAUUCAAUACUCCUCUACUAUUCAUGACAGGGAGAUCAGGUUUAAUAAUGGUUGGAUUAUUAAGAUUGGCAGAGGCCUUGAUUAUUUUAAGAAACCAAAGGGUCGCUUCUCCAUAGGAUACUGUGAUUAUGAUUUAAGAGAGUGUCAUGAGACUACCGUGGACAUUUUUCAUACAAAACACACUAAGACGACAUAAAGCUCACUUUAAAACCUUCUGCACUCUCUGACUUUGUCUACAAGGAGAAAUGCAGUCUUCGGAUACCUACAUGGACAACUGGAAAUGUGCCUUUAAUCUUAAUGCUAUUAUCAAAUCUAUUCUCCAUCCCUUUUCAACUGAUUUUAUGUUUUUUUUGGUAUUCCGGGAUACUCUGUGUUGCAAAUAAUGGCUAAAAAAUUACUUUUAAUGGGUUACACGCAUCUGGGUCCUAAAAUGUUUAUACUUCCACAUACAGUGCCGUUACUGCUAGCUAUUUAAUAUAUUUUAAAACUGAUAUUUGUAUUUAUUGUAGUCUGUAAUUGUAGUUAAAAGCCAACAAACUGCAAUUUCGAAAUGUAAAUAAGCAGUGUUUACAGUGUCAGGGAGAUUUUACGUUAUAAUGUGCUUAAAUAAAAUAUUUAAUAAAAUAUCUCUUAUAUGCAACACCAGCGCCAUCUUGUGCACAUUGGGCGAACGACAGCUGAAUUGUAGUGCGAAUGUUUUUGAAAUGUUACACUUGUGUCCAACGUCACCAUAUUUCUUGAGACAGGAUCGAUGUAUCAACUGAGUUAAAGAGCAAGUAUGGCAGACAUCGCGUGAACACAGAGACUAACUUUAUUUUCUGAAUAAUCUACAUCAACAUUGCAUCUCCUGAUUUUACGUCUAACAGUGUUUUGGGAUAUAGCUGUCGCUUUUGCUGUAAGAAAAACACAAAUUGGAUGGAAAAAAACGAAAAGGAAAAAUAAGGAUUCUUUAAAAAAAAUAAAAAUAAA